AUGUCGGGUAAUAGACGCAAGGAUAAAGGCCACAUUAACAACUCUUUUUCUGGUAGUGCGAGGCAUAGGGUGGGGAAGGCAUCCCCUAAUUCUACCGAAGAGCCAUGUCAUAGGACGUCGCUCAUACUGAUCGAUAUGCUGAUAGUGACAGGAGUUGCAGGCUCCAACAGUCAGGGUGCUAUUAGUCAACAAACCGGUAUGGCUGAUCCUCUAGCAAACUUGGCCGAGAUUCUCCGUUUUCGGGCUCGAGAGACGGGUCAUAUGCCCCAACUCCCACAUACGGAUUAUAGGCCUCAACUCCCACUACAGAUGGAUUAUAGGCCUCAGUCCCCACAAAUGUUUUUGAGGACAGGUGGUAAUGAUGGGUUUGAGGACUAUCGUUUUGAGGGUGCAGAUGCAGAGGCAACCUUUCGGUCACCACAUACCCCACACACACCGAUGGCACCGAACACGCCAUUGACGCCGCAUGGCUCCGCCUCUAGAGGUAUUUCAGGAGGUCACGACUCGAAUGCGAGUGAUUUUCACGCCUCGUCGUUGCCCCUCAUCAGCCGAGAUAGGGAAAAGUUUGGGGAUCAAAAAAUCCACAGCGUGUGUAUUCGUCUCUUUUGGGAGAAUUUGGAUCAUCCGUGGGCCCAGUUCAGUGAUAUUCCAAAUGAGGCUCUUAUACAGAUGUUUUCGCGUUUCGGGACCAAGUACAGGUGGCAUUCACAAGAGAAGGAGAACAUAUUUGAUGCAUUCAAGUGUGUCCUCAAUGAUAGAUACAGAGAUAGGAUGAAAGACUCUAGUGGGUCAACAGCAAGACAUAUUGCGGGUAGUAUAGGAUUUGACCAGCAUCGUAGGAAAUUAGAAAAAUUGAUGGGUAAACCACCCACACAGUAUGAUGUUUUCGUGAAGACGCAUGGCACUGCCGAGUCGAAGAAAAAAUAUUUUGAGGGAAAUCAUGAAAAUCUUGAAUAUUGCUCGCAGAUGGCCAAAGAAGCACAAGAAGCGUAUCUGCAGGGGUUGGUCAACAAAUUUGGUGAAGAUCCUGCAAAACGUAAGGAUGAUGUAGAUGUAUGGGAGGAAAGCCAACUUAGAAGAAAAGGAAAGAGGAAGGGUGCUAUCUAUGGGAUAGGAGCAUCAAAUAUGCAUUUUUUGGUUGAUAGGUUGCGUGCUCAAGUUUCUAUCAUGGAACAACAACAACAACAACAACAAAUGAAAGAACAAAUGGAGAUGGUUAUAAGGAUGAUAAAUAUGUCUGGAAAUCAACCCCGUGGUCCCCCCGAUAAUCCACCCGAGGACAAUUGAUAAGUAUUUUGGAACAAUUGAAUUUGUAAACACUUGUAUUGUUUGCUUGUUUUGUUAUGCUUAAUUUGUAUGGUAUUUAAGACAAUGGAAUUGAAUGUGUCAAAGUUGGUAUUAGGGACAUUUUUUGGUGUAUUUUGGACAAAUUGAAUUGAUAUGGUAUUUGACAAAAAAUGGAAAU